AUGCAGUCAGGAAAAUUCCUAUGCAUCUGUUUCAACUUUAUAAAUUCACCAAAAAUUCAAUUCUCAUAUUUGCAUGAAAUCAGAGCCUACAGUGUGGCUAGUCACGGGGUGCCGAAGGCGACACAAGAUGUGGCUAAGCACGGGGGUGCCGAAGGCAACACAAAGCUCGCAUGUCGCAGAGCAAUGUGGCUAGGCACGAUGGUGCCAAAAGCGAUACAAAGCUUGCGUGUCACAAGGCACGAUGGUGCCGAAGGCGACACAAGAUGUGGCUAG